CCUGAGCAGACCCUAAGGAACCGCAAUUUCAAGAACUGUUAGCCCGACAUCAUCUUGAACCAUCAUGUCGUUCUCCUCAGUGCUUCAUCUCGUUCCAGUACGCUACAUCAUUACCAUCAUGAUCUUUCUCGGCAUGCUGUUCAACUACAUGGUUCGCGUCAACAUCAACCUGGCUAUCGUGGCAAUGGUCAACCACACCGCUCUUCCGCACACGAACUUAUCAAGGUCGGAUGAAUGUGGAGGAAAUGGAAGUGUGACUCCUCUUCAGCCACAAGAAGAUGGAAAGUUUGUAUGGGAUGAGCGUAUGCAGGGCCACAUCCUCGGAGCGUUUUAUUAUGGGUACGUCGUGACGCAACUGGCUGGAGGGAGGAUGGCGGAGGUGUUCAGUGGGAAACAUACCUUUGGCGUGGCGAUGUUUAUCUCGGCUCUGCUGACUUUGUUGACUCCCGUAGCGGCUGAGACGGAUUGGAGGUUUCUGGUGGCUGUCCGUGUGGUCAUGGGACUGGUACUAGGGGUGACCUUCCCAGCAUCAUAUGUUCUUCUUAGUUCGUGGGUGCCCAUGGGACAGAUGAACUUGUUGGUGAUGCUGGCUCAGGGAGGUGGCGACUUGGGUACUACGUUUACCCUACCGAUGACAUCAGCCAUCAUUGAAGGACUUGGAUGGGAGGCAGUUUUCUAUAUCCAAGCGGGUUUCGUGGUGGUCUGGUUUGCCUGUUGGAUGGUUUUAGUCUGCGACAGCCCUGAAAACCACUGGUUUAUUACUGAUGAAGAACGUCAGCUUAUCGUAGCCGGUGUUGGACCUCGUGUCAGUGAAGUACGUCAUCAUUCCCUACCAUGGCGUGGGAUCCUUACCAGCAUCCCCGUCUGGGCUUACUUCGUGGGGUACUUCGGCGCUUGCUGGUGUUAUUACAGCCUUCUUACCGACCUACCACAAUACUUCAGCACCAUGUUGGGUGAAGACCUCUCCUCCAACGCCCUCUUCAACUCUCUUCCAUACUUGGGGCUAUGGCUGUUCACCAUCAGCUUCGGCUACGUCAGCGAUGAAGUGGUAUCUCGAGGCUGGGCGGGACCUUUGGCAAUCCGACGUACAGCUGCAGUGGUGUCUAUCCUCGGUCCCGCAGCUUUACUAACAGCUAUCGCGUUUUCUGGUUGUCAAACCUCCGUCGUUGAGGCUCUUCUAGUGGUGACUAUCAUUUUACAAGGCGCUGGGUAUAACCUGGGGGUUCUUCCCCUCGACCUGGCACCUAACUAUGCGGGGACUCUUGCAGGGCUCGCCAACACGCUAGGCGCCAUACCAGGGUUUCUUGGGCCUCUGGUUGUGGCCGCACUUACUGAAGGGAAUGAAACUCUUGCAAGAUGGAGAACCUGCUUCCUGAUAGCUGCAGGAUUGGCUGGGGGAUGUGGACUGUUUCUGCUAGUGGGUUGUAGUGUAGAGGAACAGCCUUGGAAUAGAAUGAACGACGAUAAUUCGGAAAAUGACCUCUCCAAACUGGGAGUGUUUGCUCGUCGUUCCUUGGACGGCAGGAGUAGUGGAAGUGGUGGUGGUACCAUUCAGAUAGCGGCACCAGAGCUGGCCGUAGCGACGCGGCCACUGCUGCUUCUGCCGCCUCGCGAUGUAUCAAUAAACCAGCUGGAGAAGCUGUCCUACAGCCUGCAUGGUGUCGAAGUGCUGCAGCCCGACUCGGUGAUUCUGCUGGGUCUUGAGCUGCUGGCGGGAAAGCUGAAGGAGUUUGACGAGCCGCGAGGCAGGCGCGGCCCUCCGCCGGGCACCAGGCGUGGGCCGUACAAGCGGAUCCCCCGGGAUGCCCAAGAGCGGGUCGUGGCCGUGUUCAAUGAAGGUGGAGACUGGAAGGCGGCUGCGACAGCGAAUGGAAUUCCGGUCCGCACUGCCUACGGGUACAUUACGAGGCCCGAAGGACAGCUGCCGCGUCCCCGUGGCGGUGCCACAAAGAAGAAAGUUACCCAGGGGAUGGUCGACAAGAUGGUCACUUACGUCGAGGAGAAUCCAUUGAUAUCUCUCGUGGAGAUCGGUCGCAAUUUGCGCCAGGACACCGGUGUCACCAUAUCCGUCCCGACCAUCCACCGCCACCUGCACGGCCAGCUGUUUACUAUGAAGAAGGUCGUGGCCGAGCCAGUGGCCAUGAACAACGCCGCAAAUAAGCAGAAGAGGGCCGAGUACGUGCGAAAGGUGAUGGCGGCGACGGGGAGUGGGAGAUCGGUGCUCUACAUGGAUGAAACGAACGCGAACCUGUUUUUGCGGCGUUCUCAGGGCCGAUCCCGCCGCGGCCUGCGAUGUUCGGUGAAGGCCGCCACCAGUAAGGGCCCCAACGUCCAUAUCAUCGGGCUGAUGUCGCAGACCGGCAUCAUCUACUGGGAGCGCCGACGAGGGUCCUUUCGGAAGACGGACUGCUCUGACUGGCUGCGACGUGCCCUGCAGGCCUGCCCUCUGCCGCUCGACCAGGUGACGAUCGUCUGUGACAACGCGCCGGUACACUGUGACCUGGAGGCAGUUGCAGCCGAGUUCCCUGGUCUGGAGCUGGUACGGACAGCGCCAUACAGCGCGCCGUUGAACCCGAUUGAGGCUGUCUGGUCUGCAGUGAAGGCGAACAUGAAGCGGGGCAUGGCGUCAUCAUUCAGCGCCAUGAUGGACACGACUGACGGCAUCACCCAGCAGGAGCACCGGCUGCGCUACCUGGAGGCCAAGAUGGACGCCGCCAUGGAGUGCAUCAACCCGGUGAUGUGCAUGAACUUCUACAAUCACGUCCAGCGCCACUAUGCCGGGUGCGUGGCCCUGGCCGACCUGGCGAUGGGCGUGUGA